AUGGAGUACAAGAACCUCGGUAACAGCGGCUUGAAGAUUUCCAAGGUCAUCCUUGGCUGCAUGGGCUAUGGUACCCCAGAAUGGCAAGGCUGGGUACUUGAUGAAGAGGCCUCUCUACCGCUUCUGGAGUAUGCGUAUAAGAUCGGCAUAAGGACAUGGGACACAGCGGAUGCAUACGCAAGUUCUCCCUCUACGCACAGCCACGGCCGUUCGGAGGAGGUCAUAGGCAAGGCAAUCAAGAAAUACCAGAUCCCACGGGAACGACUCGUCAUUCUCACCAAAUGCUUCUUCGGCGUGACCCCAGACAAGAUAUCAAACAGUUGGGUUUACGGCAACGAAGGCGAAGAGUUGAACCAAGUUGGACUCAGUCGGAAGCACAUCAUUGACGCCGUCGACAAAAGUGUUGCUCGAUUGGGAACUUACAUCGAUGUUCUCCAGAUCCACAGACUCGAUCGCUCGGUGCCUCGUGAGGAGAUCAUGAGAGCCUUGAACGAUGUCGUUGAAUCAGGAAAGGUGCGGUAUAUUGGUGCUUCUAGCAUGGCAGCGUGGGAGUUCCAGGAGCUGCAAAACGUUGCAGACAAGCACGGAUGGCAUAAGUUCAUCUCCAUGCAGAACUAUCACAACCUGCUUUACCGUGAAGAGGAGAACGAAAUGAUCCCCUAUUGCAACCAUACGGGUGUUGGUGUUAUCCCCUGGUCUCCAGUUGCCAGAGGUGCUCUCACACGGCCCUGGAAUGACCGAGCAAGUAUACGGGAGGAGACCGAUGGUGGGCUCAAGUCUCUUGUGCGUUCGGCAGAAGACAAGGUUGACCGUGAAAUUGUCGGACGGGUGGAGGAAGUAGCCAAGAAGCUGAAUAAAAGCAUGGCUCAAGUCGCUAUCGCUUGGAGUCUCAGUAAGGGCGUCAACCCUAUCGUGGGUAUGAACAAGAAGGAGCGCAUGGACGAGGCUCUCGAGGCGAGCAAGAUCAAGCUGAGCGAGGAGGAUAUCAAGUUUCUGGAAGAGCUAUAUCUUCCAAAGAAGAGGCAGGGCUACUGA